GAGAUAAAAUACAUUUUAUUUCUUAUGACGUGGUAUCAAUUAUUUAUUGAUUGUACGUAAUAAGAAAUAUUAAAAAACAAAUUUUUCAAAAGUCAAAAAAGAAUAAAAGUAUAAUAAUAUCAGAAGAAAAUAAAAAUCCUUCAUUAUGGAUGUCUCUGCAUUUUCCGAUGAGAAUUUCGAUGUUAAAGAUUGGAUUAAUAAAACGUUUAAAUCAACUGAAAAUCCGGAAAUUAAACAGGCUUUUGCUACGGUUAUGGUAACAAAAUUACAAUUGUACGUGCAACAAAUAAAUGGAGCACUUGAGGAAACAAGUCAAUCUGUAUUAUCUAGUUUGCCAAGAAUUCUUCGAGAUACUCAACUUUUGCAACAAGAAGCAAUAGCUUUGCAAGAUAAAAUGGUUGUUGUAAAACAAGAAAUUGCAAAUGUAGAAAAAGACACAGCCUCUUCAAUUGCAGUUUUGGAGAGAAUCGACAGAAUUAAAACUGAUUUGCAAACUGCCAAACAAGGACUUCACGAAGCAGAUAAUUGGACAGUAUUGGCUAAUGACGUGGAGGAGGUUUUUGAAUCUGGAGAUAUUGAAAAUAUUGCCAGUAAAUUGUUUAGUAUGCAAAAGUCAUUAUCAAUGUUAGCAAAUGUUAUUGAUUACGAGGAUAAAAAAUUACAAUUAGAAGGAUUAAAAAAUAGACUCGAGGCAAUGGCAAGUCCACGACUUGUUGAUGCUUUCACUGCAUCAAAUGCAGAUCAGUCGAAAAUUUACGUAAAUAUUUUCAACAAAAUCGAUCGUUUGCCACAAUUGUUGAAAUAUUAUCACAAUUGCUUGAAGGUUUCACUGAGCCAAGAAUGGAGACGAACGAUAGAACUUGCACAGGACGAAAAUAUUACCUAUUGGCUACAUACAUUUUAUGAUAAAUUGUUAUCCGUCUGGCAAGAGCAGCUCAAGUGGUGUACACAAGUUUUUAAAAAUUUCUCAGUUGAAAUUUUAAUUGAAAUUUACACGGAUUUAUUGCGAAAUUUGGAUCCAGGUAUAUUGGAAUGUAUCGAGGCCACAUUAAAGCAACAUACAAAUGCAAUGCAAUUGACAUUAUUAAUGGAAUUAAAACAAAUUACAAGACAUUUCACUGUGAAUUUACAGGGUGCAAUUGAAAUUUCACAAAAUAAAAUUCAAGAGCAAAAAAUUUUACAUUUAGCUCAAGCAAUUUAUAUGCCCUAUGUUCCCUAUGUGACGAAAUACAGUAUCUAUGAAAAUGCCCAAUUAGGACAACAAUUAAAUUCCUUAGAUUGUAUUCAUGAUGAUUUAAGUGAAACAAUUAAUUAUCUUUCGCUUAGCAUUGCAAGAAUCUUGGAUUAUGCAAAUGAGGCCAACAAGAGAUGUAAAAUUUUCACAGAGGGCUGCGGUUAUCCCGGUUUACUUAAAUCACUCAACGUAUAUUUCAAUAAUUAUGUGGAAAAAUAUAAAACUGGCAUUCGAAUGUUAGAGAAGAGAAAAGUUAAACACGAGGAUUGGAAUUUAUUUCAAAUGUGUUUGACACUGAUGCAAACGAUAGGUGAAUUUUUGGGAAAUAUUGAAAAUUUCGAAAAAACAUUGACUACUGAUAUUAUUGAAAUUAACAAUAAAAUUCAAAGUUCAGUUGGUAAUGUUUUUGGACAAUAUAAAAUUUUAUUACUAACGUCAGCUGGCCGAACGGAAUUGCAGAAUCUUGUAUCAACUAUUCAGAGAGAGGAAAAAACUGUUUUGGACCAAACAAUAAAAACAAUUCAUAAAUUGUGCUCUGAUUUACAUAGAACAACGUACGAAGUAAUUUUUUCACCAAUUUUCACUCAAUUAUUGCUUGUACAAAAAGCACCAGCAUGGUCAUUAACAGAAAACAAUAGUAACAGUAUCACAUCAGAUUUACCUGAUUAUAGUUUUGCACCUCAAGAAUAUAUUACACAAAUUGGACAAUAUUUAAUGACAUUGCCACAACAUUUAGAACCAUUUUUAUUGCGUGACAAUCCAAGUUUAAUACACGCAUUAAAAGCCGCUGACAUUCAAUAUAAUCAAGGAUCAACUGAAUCGGGAUUUGCUGAUAUUUUAUUGGGAAUUGUUGCCAAAGAAACUUGCCAAAUGUUUCAGGAUCAAACCUUAGGCAUUUGUGAAUUAAAUAUUUCUGCCUGCAAGCAACUUGCAACUGACAUUGAUUACCUUGGAAAUGUCCUGGAAGAAUUGGGCCUAUCACUAUCCGAAAAUUUGCAACAAAUGUCACUAUUAUUGAGAUUGCCACCUGAAGAUUUUGCUGAACAAUCUGGAUGCAAUGCUCGUGUAGUCGCUGCCGUUCGACAAAUGCGGAAUAUUUCUGUAAAUAUUUAAUAAUUUAAAAUUAUUAUUUUCUAUUAUGAAUUAUUAUUUUUAUUAUUAUUAUUAUUAUUGUUAUUAUUAUAAAAGAAAUAAUAAUUCAUUAUUGAAUUUCAAUGCAAUAUAAUUAGAAUAAAUAAAUUAAUAUAAAGUCUUAAAAAUAAAAAGAUAA